AUGAAGCAGCUGUGUGCUCUCACUAUUUUCUUUUUGCUCCUGAAUUUUACUCUCAUCUUGUGUAGUUUGACAGAACCCAUUUGCUUUUGGAGGAUAAAGAGCAGUGAAGAUUAUGAUGGAGAUUUGCAAGGUGAUUGUUGUUUUUACCUGCUGACAAUGGAUGNACCUAUUCCAGAAAAUUAUUAUAAUGUAUAUUAUGAUUUUAGAACACAAGCAAGAAAAUAUGAGUUUUAUCUGGUAAUGUUUUUUGCUACUGAUGCAAUCAACAAGAAUCCUUAUCUUUUAUCCAACGUUUCUUUGAUAUUUGACAUCAUAAAUGGUUACUGUCAAAAUCCAUUGGGAAAACUGGGUUUAGAAUAUACACAGAUAAACGGAAGUAUGACCUUGGUUAAUUAUGACUGUGAAGCAGAUGAUUCAUGUUACAUAGUCCUUACAGGACCAUCAUGGAAGCCUUCCUUCAAAAUGGCAAUUGAUACUUGGAUGCCAAAGGUUUUCUUUGGUCCAUUUAAUCCUAACCUAAGUGACCAUGAUCGGUUUCCCUAUGUCUAUCUAGUAGCCACCAAGGACACACACUUGUCCCAUGGCAUAGUCUCAUUGAUGAUUCAUUUCAGAUGGACUUGGAUAGGACUGGUUAUCUCAGAUGAUGACCAGGGUAUUCAGUUUCUCUCAGAUUUAAGAGAAGAAAGCCUAAGACAUGAGGUUUGCUUAGCUUUUGUGAAUGUGAUCCCAGAGACAAUGCAGAUCUACAUGACUAAGGCUAUGAUAUAUGAUAAACAAAUUAUGUCAUCUUCAGCAAAGGUUGUUAUCAUUUAUGGUGAAAUGAACUCUACUCUAGAAGUCAGCUUUAGAAGAUGGGAAGAUUUGGGUGUUCAGAGAAUCUGGAUCACAACCUCACAAUGGGAUGUCACCUUACAUAAAAAAGAAUUCACCCUUGAUUUCUUCCAUGGUACUAUCACUUUUGAACAUCACAAAGCUGAGUUUGAUGAAUUUAGGAAUUUUAUGCAAACAAUGAACACUUCCAAGUACCCAGUCAACAUUUCUCAUACUAUACUGGGGUGGAAUUAUUUUAAUUGUUCAAUGUCCAAGAACAUCAGUAAAAUGGAUAAUUUUACAUUCGACAACACAUUGGAAUGGAAAACACUGCACAANUAUGACAUGGCCCUGAGUGAUGAAGGUUACAAUUUGUAUAAUGCUGUUUAUGCUGCAGCCCACACCUACCAUGAACAUAUUCUUCAACAAGUAGAGUUUCAGGAAAGUGCAGAUCCCAAACGACAUUUCACUGAAUGUCAGCAGCUGUCUUCCUUGAUGAAAACUAGGGUAUUUACAAACCCUGCUGGAGAACUGGUGAACAUGAACCAAAGGGAAAAUCAGUGUGCAGAGUAUGACAUUUCCCUCAUUUGGAAUUUUCCACAAGACCUUGGAUUAAAAGUGAAAAUAGGAAGGUAUUUUCCUUGUUUCCCACAGAACCAACAACUUCAUAUAUCUGAAGAUUUAGAAUGGGCUACAGGAGGAACUUCCGUGGAUAUGGAACANUGUGUGAGGUGUCCAGAUGAUAAAUAUGCCAACUUAGAGCAAACCCACUUUUUACAAGGAAACAGCACUUGA